AUGACAUUACCAAUUCCGAAUGAAUACGAAGAAAUAAUUCGUUAUAUCUACAUGAUUAUUUAUCCUAUUAUUUUUAUUAUUGGUAUCAUUGGUAAUCUACUUUCAUCAUUAAUUUUUUCUAUUACUGAAUUAAGUCAAACGUCAUGUGGUAUCUAUUUUCUUUUACUUGCUAUAUACGAUUCAAUCGGAUUGCUUGGUGGUCUUCAUCAUUGUUUAAUACUUGGUUAUCAUAUUUCAAUACCUAAUGCUACUUAUUGUCGUGCUCGUAAUUUUCUUGCGUAUACAUCUAUAGAUAUGGUUUCAUGGAUGAUAGUAGCUAUAUCAGUUGAUCGUUAUGUUAAAGUAAAAUUUCCUAUUCACGCACGAAUAUAUUGUACAAAAAAAUUGACCGUAAUUAUUGCAUGCAUAUUAACGACUAUUCUUAUUUUAAAAAAUAUUCAUUUAGCAACAGUUUUUAUUGGAGAUUUUACAGAUAAUGCUGCUGAUAAUUGUGAUCCAAAUCCAGAUUAUCCAACAUAUGUAAAAUUUUUUGAAAAUGUUUGGCCAUGGAUUGAUUUAACAACAUUUGUUUUACUACCUUUUAUUAUUGUUACGUCUUGUAAUAUAUUUAUUAUAAAAUAUCAAUAUAAACGACAUUUAAAAUUUGGUCUUCGUAAUCUUGAUCGUUCAAUAAUUAGAUUUCUUUUAAUUAGUUCAAUAUCAUUGAUAAUUUGUAAUUUUCCCGUAUCAAUAACAAUUGUUAUUUAUCCAUAUAUUUCAAAGAAUAAUGCUAAAAAUGAUCAUAAUGAUAAAGUUGUAUUUGUAUUUAAUCUUUUACGAUUACCAGCUUAUGCAUCAUUAGCAUUCAAUUUUUAUUUAUAUUAUUAUUCAUCAAGUAUAUUUCGACAGCAAGCAGUACUUUUAUUUAAACGUUUAUUUCGAAUUCAGAUAAAGUAUUUUACUGAAGCUGGUCAAUGUCAAGUACAUAAUCGACCAGAUUAUUUAUCAUUAGCUUCUAACGAGAAUGAUGAAAAUUCAAAUCGAUUGACAGUAUCAACUUUUGCAAAUAAUUUAGCAACAAUUUUAGGUUUAUCACCCGAUCAAACUGAAAAACCAGAACAACCUAUGUUUUAUUCAACACGUCCACUUGAAAUUCCAUCAUCAACAUGGUUAUUUCAUAUUGAAGGUCUUGAUCGAUUAUCUAAUACUGGUAUUUCAUUAGACGACAACGGCGAAUUUGAUAUUGAUUCGAUUCAUUCAAAGUUAAGUCAAACUGGUAAUGCUGAUGCUUUAAGUAUGGGAUCAGUUAUAAUCAGUUCAAAAUCAGAUUUGAAUAAUUUUGAACAAGCACUUAAAGAUCAACUCUCACGAAUCGAUCAACAAGCAACAGUUAACUAUAUUGUCAUUGUUUGUGAUGAUUGUAAAGAUGAUAAUGCAGCUCAACAAAUACAAAAUCAAUUAAAAACAAAGAUUGAUAAAAUUAUUUCAAAUGAUCCUCAAACAUUAGCUAUGACAUUAAUAACAAAAGAAAGUGCACGCGUACGUCGAGCACGACAAGUUGAAACUGCAAGUGCAAAUAUAACAAUUGCUGAAAUGUAUUCAGAUGAGUAUCCAGUAAUGUUUAAUUUAUUUUUUUGGACAUCAUUGGUUUUAGCAUUAAUUGUUAUAAGUAUAGCUUAUGUAUUCUUAACAUUAGAUCCAGGAGCGGAUACAAUUAUUUAUCGUAUGACAACACCAAGAUUAAAAGUUGAUUAA